GAGCUCGGGGACGUGGAGGCGAUGGCAUCUCUUGGGGAAUUGUACCGGACUGGAAGUGGCGUCAAGCUGGACAAGAAGAAGGCGGAGCGACUGUUUCGCACGGCCGCAGAUCGAGGCUUUGUGAUCGCGCAAUCCAAUUUAGGGGCUUUCCUUCAUUCUGAGGAGAGAUUUGAAGAGGCGGUCCGGUACUUUGUGCUCGCGGCGGAUCAAGGCUUUAGCCUUGGAGAGACUUGCCUUGGCAUGUGUUACAGGGACGGAGAAGGCACGGAAGUCGACCUCGGCAAAGCCAGAUACUGGUUCGAGCGCGCCGCUGCCAAGGGCCACGAGGCAGCUAUAAAGUCCCUCGCGCCAAUUGCGCGUUUGGGAUGUGCGUACCGCUUCGGUUGGUACGGCCUCGUGAAAUCCGAUAAGAAAGCCGCAAAAAUUUGGAAGCGCGCCGUGGAGCUCGGGAACGUGGUGGCAAUGAGACAGCUUGGGGUAUUGUACGAGCAUGGAAGUAAGCAUGGAAGUGGCGUCAAGCUGGACAAGAAGAAGGCGGAGCGGCUGUAUCGCACGGGCGCAGAUCGGGGCGACGCGUUCGCGCAAACCAAUUUAGGGGUUUUACUUUACUCUGAGGAGAGAUUUGAAGAGGCGUUCCGGUACUACGCGCUCGCGGCGAAUCAAGGCUAUACCGAUGCGGAGCUCAACCUUGGCUGCUGUUACAGGGACGGAGAAGGCACGGAAGUUGACCUCGGCAAAGCCAGAUACUGGUUCGAGCGCGCCGCUGCCAAGGGCGACGAGGAUGCGACAAGGAAACUCGCGCGCCUCGACGCGCGAGAUAUUGCCUAA